AUGAAGAGUCUACAAACCAAAGACCAUCCAUCUUACUUUACCACCAGUAUCUUCCACCGAUUUCAGGAUCAGGUUCAUCAGUGGUAUCCCAUCCUGCAUUCUGAUUUCACACUCCAUUUCUUCCAAACCAAAGCUGCCGGCUUUCCUUACUCUACAAUAUCGUGUUUAUCGCUCCUUGUUGCAGCGAUUGCAAGUUUAGUCGAUGGUCGACCCCAUUCCCCGCACUAUGAAUCUGCCUUGUCCAUGAUGCCAAUAGCGAUGCAGGAAUGCAGCAUUACAACAUCUAGUGAGGCAUCCAUGCAUUUGACCCUAGCAUGCUUCGGUAAAAGGCCACGCGGUGGGUUGACGACUUCUUCAUUGCCAACAGGCAGCUGCCCGUGGGAUCACUUCAGUGAUUCGAAUGCACUUUCGACCUCAUCUUUAUGCGGAACUCUUCGAAAUAGCGAAGCUUAUUCACCAAAUGAAACGCUGCAGUCACUGUUCAACUUUUGUACCGAGGUAAAUUUACAACAAGUACUGAAUCGCUAUGCUAGCUCAGCAACAGAUGUACUGGGUACAUAUGAGGACGGUGCUCCUCAUUCAGAGAGGCAAGCAAAUUCAAGCCAGACGCCAGGCUCUUUGCAAGAUAGUUUCUGUCCAGAUAAUGACCUCGGGUCUCUGAGCAUUAAUGAUCCUAUUUGCCGAGCUAAGUACCAUAUGUACGAGGUAUCAAUUUACUGGCCGGCGAUCUACCGAAUCAUGCUUGAUGGAUUCGUAGACACUGAGUUACUACCACACCGCGCUCUCUUCUUUGAAUCGGUCACUAGCUUUCUUGGUGCAGCCCAAACUGCCCUUCGGGGAUGUCUCCCGAAGGCCUGGUUCCUGUGUGCAAGUCAGAGCUUUAGAAGUCCGGUGUCUUCGGAUGUUCACAGAGCCACGGAUUUGGGAACACCUGGAGGCUUCGGUGGAUGCUCUGCGUGGGCCAAGUGA